AUGUCUACUACACAAAUGAAAACACCACUUAAUCCAAGACCAUAUAUUAAUGAAUUAGUUGGAAAAAAGAUUCUUGUUCGUCUUAAAUGGGGAAUGACAUAUACCGGUGUUCUUGUUAGUGUUGAUCAAUAUAUGAAUGUACAAUUAGGUCAUGCUAUUGAAUUUAUUGAUGAACAAAAUAAAGGUCCAUUAGGUGAAAUUCUUAUUCGAUGUAAUAAUAUUCUUUACAUAUCCGGUAUUGAAGAAACUGAAGAAGAUGAUGAUGCUAUGGCCUAA